AUGGAUGAAAUUAAAAGAAAUAGAAUGAAUGAACUACAACCUAAAAUGGAUAUCUAUAAAUAAGUAUAGGCAAGUGUAUCUGUUAUUGAAGAUGCCAAAUAAUUUAUUAGUAUUGAUGAUUUCUCAGAUGAAAUAUCAAUGUUAAAUGAAGAAAUUUAAGUAUACAUAUUAGACAUCAAAUAAUUAAGGCUCAUAUUGAAUAUUUAAAGAAAUAUUAAGAAGAUGCUCUAUCAUAAAAAAUUGAAUAAAACGAAUAUGAUCACGUAAGAUAACCUAAUGGUGUGGUGAGAGCAGGUUUUGGAAAUAGUGAAGGUUCAUUAAUUGCUGAACAUAUAAUUGGAAUGAUCUAAGAUUAUGCUAGGGAAUUGCAAAUUAAUUUAAAAUUAAAUAUAUUGAAUAAACUAUAAAAUCAAUUCAAAAGACCCUAGAUAGGUAAGGGCUGUAAAUCAGGUAUUCUAUAAAUCAGCGGAGAUCAUAUAUAUUAGCAAUUAAAGUGUGAAUCUGGAGUACACAAUGCAAUAAGAGUUCCAGAAACAGAAACAAAGGGAAGAUUACAUUCAAGCACCGCCUCUAUGAUUUUACUUCUAAAAGUAACUGAUAAUUUUCAUUUAAGUGACAAAGAUUUGAUUUAUGAAU